CUCAGGAUGGCCCGUACCAUGGAACCACUGGCAAAGAAGAUCUUUAAAGGAGUUUUAGUAGCUGAAUUUAUGGGCAUUUUUGGAGCAUAUUUUUUGUUUAAUAAGAUGAACACAAGCCAAGAUUUCAGGCAAAUAAUGAGCAAGAAAUUUCCCUUCAUCUUGGAAGUUUAUUACAAAUCUAUUGAACAGUCUGGAAUGUAUGGAACCAGAGAGCAAGACCAAGAAAAAUGGCUGGGUAACAAAAAUUAA